AAGAGAAAGGAGUCAUCCGUAUUUCUCUACCAAGACUUUGUAAUACAGCGGUCAUCCAGUUACUUGACAGACGGGGAAGCUGAGGCCAUGAGGGGUAGGUGACUUACCCACUGAAGAAAAGAUGCGGGUGAAAUUUGAACCAAGAUCGUCUGAUUUCUAAAUGCAGUAGCCUAAAAAUAACAGUCACCUGCCGCCCACGCCCUACCAAGCAUGCUGAAUGAGGGGCUGAGUGGAGGGAGAGCUGAGGGACUGGAAAUAUGAACAAAGGAGAAUGGCCCCAGUGGAUCUGCCUGGGUUAAUUCAAUACAGCUUCAUGCAGGUGGGAGAUUAGAGGUUACAUAACCACCCCCCAGAUAAAGCAAUCCCUUCCCUGAUGGCAUCCAUACCCGGAAAGUUUGAAUCCCAGGGCGUUCAGAUUUCUGCACACAGAAUGUAUUUAGGCAGAAUCCGAUGCCCUGGACACAACCCCUCGCCCUGGCACCAUGGAGCUGGGAGGGGCCUCCACCAUACUUCUGGCACUCUGCUUGUCUUGUCUGCUUAUCCUCAUCGCCUGGAAACGGGUCAACAAGGGUGGAAAGCUGCCUCCUGGUCCCGCACCAAUACCCUUCCUGGGGAACCUGUUCCAAGUCCGCACUGAUGCCACUUUUCAGUCUUUCAUGAAGCUCAGGGAGAAAUACGGCCCAGUCUUCACUGUGUACAUGGGUCCCCGGCCAGUUGUCGUCUUAUGUGGACAUGAAGCAGUGAAGGAGGCACUGGUAGAUAGAGCAGAUGAGUUCAGUGGCCGUGGAGAACUGGCUUCCAUAGAGAGGAACUUUCAAGGUUAUGGUGUAGCCCUGGCUAAUGGAGAACGAUGGAGGAUUCUCCGGCGUUUCUCCCUGACCAUUCUUCGGGACUUUGGGAUGGGAAAGAGGAACAUUGAGGAGCGGAUCCAGGAGGAGGCCGGCUUCCUCCUAGAAGAGCUGCGGAAGACCAAGGGUGCCCCCAUUGAACCCACCUUCUUCCUGAGCCGCACUGUCUCUAACGUCAUCAGUUCUGUUGUCUUUGGAAGCCGCUUCGACUAUGAAGACAAGCAAUUCCUGAAGCUGUUGCAGAUGAUCAAUGAGAGUUUCAUUGAGAUGAGCACCCCGUGGGCACAGCUAUAUGACAUGUAUUCCGGAAUCAUGCAGUAUUUGCCGGGAAGACAUAAUCGCAUCUACUACUUGAUAGAGGAGCUCAAGGACUUCAUUGCCUCUAGGGUCAAGAUCAAUGAAGCAUCCUUUGACCCACAAAACCCCCGGGACUUCAUUGACUGCUUCCUCAUCAAGAUGUACCAGGAUAAAACCAAUCCCCACACAGAAUUCAACCUCAAGAACUUGGUCCUCACCACUCUCAACCUCUUCUUUGCUGGCACAGAGACUGUGAGCUCUACGCUACGCUAUGGGAUGCUGCUCCUGAUGAAGCAUCCUGACGUGGAAGCUAAAGUCCAUGAAGAGAUUGACCAGGUGAUUGGACCACACCGGAUCCCAAGUGUGGAUGACCGAGUCAAGAUGCCCUACACAGAUGCUGUGAUCCACGAGAUACAGAGACUGACAGACAUCGUGCCCAUGGGCGUCCCACAUAACGUCAUCCGGGACACUCAGUUUCGAGGCUACCUUCUGCCUAAGGGCACUGACGUAUUUCCCCUGCUUGGCUCAGUCCUCAAAGACCCCAAAUACUUCCGAUACCCAGAUGCCUUCUAUCCCCAACACUUCCUGGAUGAUCAUGGCCGCUUCAAGAAGAAUGAAGCCUUUGUGCCUUUCUCCUCUGGAAAGCGCAUCUGCCUGGGUGAGGCCAUGGCCCGCAUGGAACUCUUUCUUUACUUCACCUCCAUCCUUCAGAACUUCUCCCUACGCCCGCUGGUGCCUCCUGCGGAUAUCGAUGUCACGCCCAAGGUCUCAGGCUUUGGCAACAUCCCGCCGACCUAUGAGCUCUGCCUCAUGGCCCGCUGAGCGCCACCUACUGGGCGCGGGGAGAGCCGUCAGAGAACAGAGCUCUGCCGGUGGGUCCCCGCGCACCCACCCUCACCGCCCCUAAAUUCUCAGGACAGCCUCAAGAAAGGCACUAUUACUACUGUCGUGGCACCACAGGUCAGCGAGAGUAGCUUGGAACUAUAGAGCUUGUAUCUUCUACAUCCCGUAGAAAGCAAUGCCCUGUCCAAGAUUUCAGCCACAAUCUGGAGGACUUGUGUUCUCAUUGUAUUACAUUCUGCCCAGGGUUUGCUGUAGAUUCUAGGUCUUUAUGUUGCCCUUUCAUGUGUGUGCACCUAUAUUGAUCCAAACGUAGCUCACAAUGCUCCCUGGUUAUCAUUUCCCAUACAAAAUAAAAUAAAAGC